AUGCAGAUUUUCAAAAGUUUUCGCCGUUUCCGGUGGUUCUUUUCUCCCGUUGCCUUGGACCUAAGUGGGGAGAAUUUUAAUCAGAAAAAAAUACAAAAAAUUUUUAGUCGGAGUCCCUUUAAUUCAAUAAAUAAAUUUACUGUAUUGGAUUUUUUAUUACUUAAAAAAGUUUUGAAUGAGAUUGUAACCUCCAAAAUUUUAAAGGUGGGGGGACAUGAAAAAAAUAAUGUUCUAGAAAUUUCGUUUAAAUAUGCCUCUCGAGGAGUUGAACGUGUGGGACGAGGAUUAAGGGUGCGGCGCCGCUACCGACUGAGCUACACGGGCAAAGUGAAAGCGGUCGCCCGAUUGCAUUCAAAGGCGAGGACGACAUCUGUACGCAGAGUGACAUUAAGCGUUGUACACCGUCACGGUAGAAUGCAUACUCUGGCCCCAAAAAUCCCCCGUAAAAUCUCCUGUCCCCCCACCUUUAAGCCAAACUUAUACUAA